ACUAGAGAAUCGAAACAAAAACCAAAGUGAGGCAAACUACAGGAGCCGGCCGGCCGGAAGAGUGGAUACAGAGCUUUCUGCCGGGAUCACAGCGCGGUCGCAGUCCCGGGGUCGUCUGCACCCUCGCGCGCGCCCUGCCACCCGCUCACCUGGCACCUGCUCACCUGUCCAGGUGAGAUAGUGCUCAGCGCGGCCUGGGAGCCCCGCGGGACACCUGUCCCGAGACACAGCGCAGCAGACCUACGACUCCGCGGCCCCAUCUGUGUCACCCGUGGGGCAUCCAGCGGGGGGGGGGACCCGCUCCCUUCCGUGGGAACCGAGGAUGUCGAACGGGUAUUCCGCAGACAAGUGCUUCUGCCAUCUGCUCUCCUGCUUUAGGACGCGAUUGAAAAUGUACAUCCAGGUAGAGCCCGUGCUGGACUACCUGACCUUUCUGCCCAUAGACUUGAAGGAGCAGAUUGUGAAGACAGCAGACACCUCUGGGAACAUGAAGGCAGUCGAACUGCUUCUGAGUACCUUGGAGCAGGAGCGGGACUGGGGCCCUGGCUGGACCCGGGAGUUCGUGGAUGCCCUAGAAAGAGCAGGCAGCCCCCUGGCCGCCCGCUACGUGAACCCCAACCUCACCGACUUGCCCUCCCCGUCCUUUGAGGCCGCUCAAGAUGAAUGUGUCCAGCUGCUGACCCUUCUUCAGCCCACUCUGGUGGACAGGCUUCUGGUCAGAGAUGUUCUAGACAAAUGCAUGGAGAAGGAGCUGCUGACUAUUGAAGACCGAAAUCGGAUUUCUGCUGCAGAAAAUAAUGGAAAUGAAUCAGGUGUGAGAGAGCUACUAAAAAGGAUCAUACAGAAGGAAAACUGGUUUUCUACGUUUCUGCAUAUUCUUCAUCAAACGGGAAACAGUGCCCUUGCUCAAGAGUUAACAGGCAGUGAUCACUCUAAAAGCAAUGCAGGGGUUGAAAAUUUAUCACAUGAAGAUGGUCCUGAAGUUAAUGAGUCACUUCUUUCAGCCACAGAUCAGUCAGAUCUAGACAAGGAGGACUGGAACAUCAAAAAUAAUUUAUCAGAGACAUCGUAUGCAGAUUCUUCUGUAGUUUCAGAAUCAGACACAAGUUUGGCAGAAGGAAGUGUCAGCUGCUUAGAUGAAAGUCUUGGACAUAACAGCAACAUGGGCAGUGAUUCAGGCACCAUGGGAAGUGAUUCAGAUGAACCAACUGUGGCAAAAAGAGCAUCUCCUGAGCCAGAACUGAAGCUCAGGUCUUACCAAAUGGAAGUCGCCCAGCCAGCCCUGGAAGGGAAGAAUGUCAUCAUAUGCCUCCCUACAGGCAGUGGGAAAACCAGAGUGGCUGUUUACAUUACCAAGGAUCACUUGUUCAAGAAGAGGCAAGCAUCUGAGCCUGGAAAAGUUAUAGUGCUCGUCAAUAAGGUGAUGUUAGUUGGACAAAUCUUCCACAAAGAGUUCAAACCAUUUUUGAAGAAAUGGUAUCAUAUUACUGGAUUAAGUGGCGAUACUCAGCUGAAAAUAUCGUUUCCAGAAGUUGUCAGAUCCCAUGAUGUUAUUAUCAGUACAGCUCAAAUCCUUGAAAACUCCCUCUUAAAUUCAAAAAGUGGAGAAGAUUCUGGUGUCCAGCUGUCAGAUUUUUCCCUCGUUAUCAUUGAUGAAUGUCAUCACACCAACAAAGAAGCCGUCUAUAACAACAUCAUGAGGCGUUAUGUGAAGCAGAAGUUGAAAAACAAGAGACUCCAGAAAGAAAACAAACCAGUGAUUCCCCUGCCUCAGAUAUUAGGGCUAACAGCUUCACCUGGUGUUGGAGGGGCCACAACGCAAGCCAAAGCUGAAGAACACAUUUUAAAAAUUUGUGCCAAUCUUGAUGCAUGUACCAUUAAAACAGUGAAAGAAUAUUAUGAUCAACUCAAAGACCAAAUAAAGGAGCCAUGCAGGAAAUUUGUGAUUGCAGAUGACACCAGAGAAGAUCUGUUUAAGGACAAACUGCUAGAAAUAAUGUCAAGUAUUCAAACUUACUGCCAAGUGAGUUCAAUGUCAGAUUUUGGAACUCAAAAUUAUGAGCAAUGGGCCAUUCAAAUGGAAAAAAAAGCUGCUAGAGAAGGAAAUCGAAAAGCUCGUGUCUGUGCAGAACAUUUGAGGAAGUAUAAUGAAGCCUUACAAAUUAAUGACACAAUCCGAGUGAUUGAUGCAUAUAAUCACCUCGAAACUUUCUAUCAUGAUGAGAAUGUGAAGAAAUUUGCAGUUCUGGAAGAUGACAGUGAUGUGAAUAGUAGUGAUGAUGACUGUGAUGGUGAUGGAGAUAGGACUGCUUUGAAGCGACUGGAGAAACAAGAUGAGACAGACAGAUUUCUUGUGACUUUGUUUUCUGAAAACAAAAAAAUGUUGAAAAACCUGGCUGAUAACCCAGAGUAUGAAAAUGAAAAGCUGACCAAAUUAAGAAAUACUAUAUUGGAACACUAUACAAGGACUGAGAAACCAGCACAUGGAAUAAUUUUUACAAAAACCAGACAAAGUGCACAUGCCCUUUCCCAGUGGAUUACUGAAAAUGGAAAAUUUGCAGAAGUAGGGGUCAAAGCCCAUCAUCUGAUUGGAGCUGGACACAGCAGCGAGUUCAAGGCUAUGACACAGAAUGAACAAAAAGAAGUCAUUAGUAAAUUUCGCACUGGAAAAAUAAAUCUGCUUAUCGCUACCACAGUGGCAGAAGAAGGUCUGGAUAUCAAAGAAUGUAAUAUUAUUAUCCGUUACGGCCUUGUUACUAAUGAAAUAGCCAUGGUACAGGCCCGUGGUCGAGCCAGAGCUGAGGAGAGCACCUACAUCUUGGUUGCCCCCAGUGAUUCAGGAGUUGUUGAACGUGAGAUAGUUAAUGAUUUUCGAGAGAAGAUGAUGUACAAAGCUAUCCACCAUGUUCAGAAUAUGAAUCCAGAAGAUUAUACUCAGAAGAUUUUGGAAUUACAGAUGCAAAGCAUAAUGGAACAGCAAAUGAAAAUCAGGAGAAAUAUUGCAAAGCAUUUUAAGGACAAUCCAUCAUCAAUAACUUUUCUCUGCAAAAACUGUCAUGUGCUAGCCUGCUCAGGGGAAGAUAUUCAUGUAAUUGAGAGGAUGCAUCAUGUCAAUAUGACAAAAGAAUUCCAGCAACUCUAUAUUGUGAGAGAAAACAAAGCACUGAAAAAUAAGUUUUCCGACUACCAAACAAAUAGAGAGAUUAUCUGCAAAUGUGGCCAAGCUUGGGGAACAAUGAUGGUGCACAAAGGCUUAGAUUUUCCUUGUCUCAAAAUAAGGAAUUUUGUAGUUGUUUUCAAAGAUAACUUACCCAAGAAGCAAUACAAAAAGUGGGUUGAAUUACCUAUCACGUUCCCUGAACUUGACUACUCAGAAUAUUAUAACUUUAGUGAUGAAGAUUAGCAGUUGAGUCAACAUUCUCUUGGAAUAUUUUCAAUUGAACAUUUUAUUCUUCUUC